UCUCCCCUCUGAUAUAUCAGCGGGGAGAAGAGGUAAGAGGCCAGAAUGGGGAGUAGAAGAAGAGGGGAGGGGGAGGGAAAUUUUUUUCUCUACUGGACGGAGAAAUCAAUAUUCAUGCCAUCAGGUUGGAGGCUACCUAGAUGGAAUAUAAGGUGUUGCUCUUCCACUCUGAGAGUGGCCACAUCUUGGCAUAAGAGGAGGCAGUGGACUGACAUGUCGGACCAAAAAUGGAAGUUCUGCUUUUGGCAGAUGAAGCAGAGGUACUCAAUGAAGCAGCCCCAAUUUACAACAGCUAUCACCAAUGUAGAGGAGGCCACAUCAGGAGCGCCAGACAUAAUGGACAACCCCAGCAGAUUUGCAAAUGAAGUGUGCCUCACCUGGAAGGACUGUUUAUUCACUUCCAUAGAAGCUGCCUGACCUAGUGAGCUCCUCCUGCAUUUUGUGUGUGUUGCUUUGGAUUUCCAGCAGUUGCAGAAUUUCUUGUAUUUAUGAUAUACCUGUAAUGUAUUGGACUAAGUCUAUUAAUCUCUGUGGCUUAUUGCAUUCCUGUACAUUUCCAUUGCUGUACUAGACUAUAAUGUAACCAAUUGGGAUACUUUCAGUAGUGCAUCUGUAGAAAUUUGCCAGUUUUCUGGGAUAAGCUGAACUUCCUUAACCUCCUAAGAAAGUAAAGAUACUGGCACACCUUGAUGUCAUUGCAUAUGUAUACUUAAGCCCAGGAUAGGUCAAUCCUGUAUGUUAAUACUCAGGAAUUUAAAGCUACUGACUUCGCUGCUGAUUUAUCCAGUGUAGACUGGUGCAUGAUUGCCCUUCCCUUUCCUGAAGUUGACAACCAGCUUUUCUUAGUUUUAUGACGUUGAGUGAGAGUUUGCUGUUGCGACGCCUCUUAUCUGGAUGAUUAACCUCACUCUUGUUUGCCUGUAAUUUGUUUAAUAUCGGUGUCAUUGGUGAAUUUAUAAAGCAUUGGAGCUGUGCUUAGCCACACGAUCAUGUAUAUGGAGAGUAGAGAGCUCAGUAUACAAGCUCGUGGUUCAUCUGAGUUGAUGACAAGUAAGGAGAUUAAGGAGAUGUCAGAGGUGACUUUGUGAAGAUGGCACAGGCAGUGAGGUGGAUGGUGCAGAGGGUGGUGACCGGGACCCCGAUGCUUGCCAGUGCUGUUGUUAAGUAUUCAAGACCUCGUAUUGCUACUUUUUGGAAAUAUGCUUGGGUAGAGCUGUCCUCCAACAUCACUGUGGCUGUUGAAAGCUUUAAGGGCCUUGCUGCAUCUUUCAAGGCUGGGACUUACAAACAACUAACUGUCAAGGAUGCCUUGAGAAACACAAAAGUUCUGAUGUGGUUUUUCAUUAGUGAGGUCAUUGGCCGAGGAAGCCUGAUUGGACAUAGAGUCUGAGCUCCUCUGUUUGACCAAGCAUUCCAUUGUAUGUGAAUGAACAUAAUAUUUCAAAAUAAACAAACCUAUUAUUAAGACCUGGAAAAAAAAGUAAGGAGAUGUUGUUAAUAAUCCUCAAUGAGGCCUGCCAGUAUAGAACUUGUGUAUCUAGUUGCAGUAGGAAGUAUAGAGACCCCGGUCAUUCAGCUUGACAAAAAGUUUGAAUGGGAUGAUUGAAAAAUGUGAUGUAGUAGGUAAACAACAUCCUUAUGUAUGAGCCUCUAUCGUGGUAGGGAGAUGGGAUCCAAAACCAGGCAAAUUCAGUAAACAGGUCUGGUUGGAGCAUCGCAGGGAGCAAGGGAAGCUUGAUAGAUUAAGUUGCAUUUAUUUCAAUGCAGGUGAUCUGACAGGCAAGGUAGAUGAACACACGGCAUCAAUAGGUUGAUGAGAUUGAGAUAUUGCAGCCAUAACAGAAAUCUGACUGAAGGAAGGACAGGACUUGCAGCUCAGUGUUCCAGGGUACAGAUGCUACAGGAUGAAUAUGGGAGGAGUUAAGAGAAAUUGGAGGUGGGGUUAUGAUUUUAUGUAGGGAGAACAUCACAUGAAUAUGAAAUGAUUGGAGGGAUAUGGGCCGUGUGCAGAAGGAACUAGUUUAAUUGGGUGUUAUUAACUUAAUUAGUUUGGCACAAUAUCAUGGAUUGAAGGGUUUCUUCCUGUGUUCUCUUCUAUGUUCUAUUUAGAGAGGAUAUUCAUGGAAUUGUACAGUGAGGCAGUAUGGGGGAACUGAGAAAGAAAAGGGGUGAUUACAGAUGGCAUUGUACUUGAGGCCUCCUGUUGUCAGAGGAGCAAAUAUGUAGGCCCAUCACUGUAGCUGUGAAAAUAGUAGGGUUGCAGUAGAAGUGAAUUUUAACUCGUAUUUAGACUAGGGCUAUCAUUGUAUUAAGGGCAUGGAGGGGGAGGAAUUUAAGUGCAUUCAGGAAAAAAUUGUCAAGUAAUAUGAAGGAGAGGCAAAAUUUGACAUAUUUGAUGUGGGUAUUAAGGUAAGGCAGGUGACUAAAGGAUUAGUCUGGGAGCACCUCGGGACCAGUAACCUUAUUUCUAUUAGUUGUUAGAUAGUUAGGGGAAAGGAUAAGAAUUGUGGACAAGUUUGUCCUGAAUUGAAGCUAGGCUAAUUUUGAUUUUGGAUAGGAACCUUCAAAAGUUGAUUGGGUGGUGGUGGAGGGGGGGUGGGGGUGGUGGAGAGGCUUUUGCAGGUAGCUUCAAGUAAAGACAUUAUCAAAGUACAUGCAUAUCACUACAUAAAACCCUGAGAUUCAUUUUCUUGCAGGCAUAUUCAAUAAAUCCAAUACCAUAAUAGAAUCAAUGGAAGACCACCAACUGGGCAUAAAAACCAAUGUGCAAAAGAGAAAAAAAAAGCUAUGCAAAGUACAAAAAGAAAGAAAUAACAUUUAUAAAUAAAUGAGCAAUAAAUACUGAGAAAAUGAGAUGAGCCCUUGAAAAUGAGUACACAGAUUAUGGGUACAUUUUAGUGAUGGAGCAAGUGAAGUUAUCUCCUUUGGUUCAAGAACCCGAUGGUUGAAGGGGUAGCAAUUGUUUCUGAGCCUGGAGGUGUACGUCCUCAGGCUCCUGUACCACCUUCCUGAUGGGAGCAAUGAAAGGAGAGCAUGUUCUAGGAGGUGGGGAUCCCUGAUUAUGGAUGCUGCUUUCCUAUGAUUACACUCCGUGUAGAUCUGCUGAGCGGUGAGGAGGGUUUUACUUGUGAUGGACUGGACAGUAUCCAUUAUUUUCUGUAGGAUUUUCCAUUCAAAGGCAUUGGUGCUUCCAUACCAGGCUGUGUUGCAGCAGUUGAUAUUCUCUCCACCACACAUCUAUAGAAGUUUUAGAUAUCAUGUUGAUUAUUUGCAAACUCCUAAGGAAGUAGAAGUGCUGCCAUGCUUUCUUCAUAAUUGCACUUACAUAAUUGCUGGGGGUAAGACAGGUCCACUAAAACGAUAACACUGAGGAAUUUAUAGUUGCUUGGUCUUGCUGACAUAUUGAGUAAGAGGUUGUUGUUGUGGCACCACUCAAGCCAGAUUUACAAUCUCCCUCCUAUCUGUUGAUACAUCACCACCUUUGAUUCGUCCUACGACAGUAGUGUAGUCAGCAAACUUGUAUAUGGCAUUGGAGCUGUGUUCAGCCACACAGCUGUAAGUAUAGAGUGGGGGACG